AUGUUCGGCUUCAAGUCACGUGCCAAUUCGGGCGCUCCCGGUUUUCGUCGAAGUGCCAGCUCUCCCCCCGAGCCAUUGUCCCUCCAAAUCACACCGGUGUCAUUCAAAAUGUUUGCCACUACCGCUCGCCGCGCCGCGGCCCAGGCCUCCGCCUUCGCUCCCAAGUACACCAUCCCCCCUCGCUUCGGUGGUUACACCCUGGGCACCGCCAUCAAGACCGGUACCCUCCUCGGUAGCUUCGGUGUCGCCAUCGGCACUGGUGCUCUCUUCAUCUUCGGCGAGGUCCCCCGUGUGCGCAACGACAUCCUCCGCCAGCUCCCCUUCCUCGACACCUACUACGACCGCAGCAUCCCCGCCGAGGACAACCCCUUCUAAAUUAUCCGCGGAUAUAUACCUGUUCCCCUUUUUGACCGAUAUGGCUUGGAAAUUCUGGACAGGCUGGGGCUGCACUGUGUAGAAUAGCGAUGAAGGUCUUUUCUGUUUUAAUAGCACAUAGAAACGGCUGUUUCCAAAGUGUUUUACCUU